AUGAACAGGGUUCAAGGCAGUACAAAAAAGGCAUUGAUUGACAUUUUAGAUCAAGUAGAAAAUGUAAUAUCUGUUGAAGAAUCAGUAUGUAAGGACGAGGAAACAUUCUUAGAAGCUGAAAGAUGCCCUGAAGAUUUCCUACAUAUUUCCCAACAUAGGGUUACCUUGAGAAAGGUGAAUUCGGACCGUGAUGUGGAUUUUCAUGGAAGCAAUGGAACCAAUAGUAAGAAUAACUCUAAUGUUUUUAAUAGUCAGAGCCCUUUUAAUACUCCACCAUCUCUAUCUUUUUGCCAUGACAAGGCUGCUGAUGGUUUUAGUGGAGUGCCUGAUGAACAGGGUUCAAGGCAGCACAAAAAAGGCAUUGAUUGA